GGUGCCAUUUGGAUAAUACUUUAGUGGCACGAUGUACUCUGAGUGGAGGUCACUGCAUUUGGUGAUUCAGAAUGAUCAGGGCCAUACCAGUGUGCUGCACAGCUAUCCAGAGAGUGUUGGGCGAGAGGUGGCAAAUGCAGUAGUCCGUCCUCUUGGGCAGGCGUUAGGUACCCCUUCAGUGGCUGGUGGUGAGAGUUUGUUAAAAACUGACAAAGAAGUAAAAUGGACCAUGGAAGUAAUUUGCUAUGGACUGACCCUUCCAUUGGAUGGAGAGACUGUAAAAUAUUGUGUUGAUGUGUAUACAGACUGGAUUAUGGCUUUAGUGUUGCCGAAAGAUUCUAUUCCACUGCCAGUUAUUAAAGAGCCUAAUCUAUAUAUUCAAAGUAUAUUAAAACACCUGCAAAAUCUUUUUGUACCAAGACAGGAACAGGGCUCCAGUCAGAUCCGACUAUGCUUACAGGUCCUGAGAGCCAUUCAGAAACUGGCACAUGAGUCAUCCAUCAUGGCCCGCGAAACCUGGGAAGUCUUACUGUUGUUUCUUCUGCAGAUUAAUGACAUACUUCUGGCCCCACCAACUGUUCAAGGUGGCAUUGCCGAGAAUCUGGCAGAGAAGUUGAUUGGUGUUCUCUUUGAGGUGUGGUUACUAGCUUGUACUCGGUGCUUCCCAACACCUCCUUAUUGGAAGACAGCGAAGGAAAUGGUGGCUAACUGGAGGCACCACCCAGCAGUGGUGGAGCAGUGGAGCAAGGUGAUCUGUGCACUCACUUCCCGAUUGCUACGCUUUACAUAUGGUCCUUCAUUUCCUCCAUUUAAAGUUCCUGAUGAAGAUGCCAGUCUGAUCCCUCCAGAAAUGGAUAAUGAGUGUGUUGCACAGACAUGGUUUCGUUUUUUACAUAUGUUGAGUAAUCCCGUGGAUCUGAGUAACCCAGCCAUUAUAAGCUCUACUCCCAAAUUUCAGGAACAGUUCUUGAAUGUGAGCGGAAUGCCGCAAGAGUUGAAUCAGUAUCCCUGCCUUAAACAUCUGCCUCAAAUAUUUUUUCGUGCCAUGCGUGGAAUCAGCUGUCUGGUGGAUGCAUUCUUAGGCAUUUCUAGACCCCGAUCAGACAGUGCUCCUCCAACACCCGUAAAUAGAUUAAGUAUGCCUCAGAGCACUGCUGUCAAUACCACCCCACCACAUAACCGGAGGCACCGGGCUGUUACUGUGAAUAAGGCUACCAUAAAGACAAGCACAGUUAGUACUGCUCAUGCCUCGAAAGUUCAGCACCAGACAUCCUCCACCUCUCCUCUGUCAAGUCCAAAUCAGACUAGUUCAGAACCCCGGCCACUGCCUGCCCCUCGAAGACCAAAGGUUAACAGCAUCUUGAAUCUCUUUGGAUCAUGGUUAUUUGAUGCAGCAUUUGUUCACUGUAAACUUCAUAAUGGGAUAAAUAGAGACAGCAGCAUGACUGCCAUCACAACACAAGCUAGCAUGGAAUUUCGACGGAAAGGGUCACAAAUGUCCACAGACACCAUGGUUUCCAAUCCUAUGUUUGAUGCAAGUGAAUUUCCUGAUAACUAUGAAGCAGGAAGAGCUGAGGCUUGUGGGACACUGUCAAGGAUUUUUUGUAGCAAGAAGACUGGAGAAGAGAUUCUGCCAGCUUAUUUAUCCAGAUUUUACAUGCUUUUAAUUCAAGGUUUGCAGAUAAAUGAUUAUGUGUGCCAUCCUGUCUUGGCCAGCGUUAUUCUAAACUCUCCUCCUUUGUUCUGCUGUGACUUGAAAGGGAUUGAUGUUGUGGUUCCUUACUUUAUUUCAGCUCUUGAAACCAUUUUGCCUGACAGAGAACUCUCAAAAUUCAAAAGCUAUGUAAAUCCAACAGAAUUGAGAAGAUCCUCCAUUAAUAUCCUACUUUCUUUGUUGCCCCUUCCUCAUCAUUUUGGCACAGUCAAAUCUGAGGUGGUCCUGGAAGGAAAGUUUAGUAAUGAUGACAGCUCUUCUUACGAUAAACCGAUAACUUUUUUGUCCCUGAAGUUGAGACUUGUGAAUAUCUUAAUAGGUGCCUUGCAAACGGAAACGGACCCCAACAACACCCAAAUGAUACUAGGGGCAAUGUUAAAUAUUGUUCAAGAUUCAGCCCUUUUAGAAGCCAUUGGUUGCCAAAUGGAGAUGGGUGGUAGAGAAGAUAACCUGAAGGGUCAUAGUCGCACUAAUAGUGGUAUUAGUUCAGCAAGUGGCGGAAGCACAGAGCCCACAACACCUGAUAGUGAACCUGCUCAAGCACUCUUAAGGGAUUAUGAUUCAGCUGCUGGACUCCUGAUUCGCAGCAUUCAUCUCGUUACCCAAAGACUCAACUCCCAGUGGCGACAAGACAUGAGCAUAUCACUGGCAGCUCUAGAGCUCCUUUCUGGCCUGGCAAAGGUGAAAGUGAUGGUUGACUCAGGAGACCGGAAGCGAGCCAUCAGUUCUGUGUGCAGCUACAUUGUGUACCAGUGUAGUCGGCCAGCUCCUCUUCACUCCCGCGAUCUGCAUUCCAUGAUAGUGGCGGCUUUUCAGUGUCUCUGUGUGUGGCUGACAGAGCACCCUGAUAUGCUUGAUGAAAAGGACUGCCUUAAGGAAGUACUGGAGAUUGUGGAACUAGGUAUCUCAGGAAGUAAGUCCAAGAACAGUGAACAAGAGGUCAAAUACAAAGGAGAUAAGGAGCCAAACCCUGCAUCUAUGAGGGUAAAGGAUGCUGCUGAAGCCACCCUAACAUGUAUUAUGCAGUUGCUUGGUGCAUUUCCUUCACCCAGUGGUCCUGCUUCUCCUUGUAGUCUGGUGAAUGAAACCACUUUGAUUAAAUACUCUAGGCUGCCAACCAUAAACAAGCAUAGUUUCCGGUACUUUGUCUUGGAUAACAGUGUCAUCCUGGCAAUGCUGGAGCAACCUCUUGGAAAUGAGCAGAAUGAUUUUUUCCCUUCUGUCACUGUGCUGGUCCGGGGAAUGUCUGGAAGACUUGCUUGGGCACAACAGCUUUGCCUUUUACCCAGAGGAGCAAAAGCAAAUCAGAAGCUUUUUGUGCCUGAGCUUCGCCCAGUUCCUAAAAACGACGUUGGCUUUAAAUAUACUGUGAAACAUCGGCCAUUUCCUGAAGAGGUGGACAAGAUACCCUUUGUGAAAGCGGAUCUGAGCAUUCCAGAUUUGCAUGAAAUCGUCACUGAAGAAUUAGAAGAGAGACAUGAAAAACUGAGGAGUGGCAUGGCUCAGCAGAUUGCUUAUGAAAUACACCUUGAGCAACAGAGUGAGGAGGAACUGCAGAAAAGAAGUUUUCCUGACCCUGUUACGGAUUGUAAACCCCCACCUCCUGCCCAGGAAUUCCAAACAGCCCGCCUUUUCCUCUCACACUUUGGAUUUCUGUCCUUAGAAGCAUUGAAGAUUUUAAAGAAUGUGGAGUCUUCCAGAAAUGUUCAGCCACACUUCCUAGAAUUUUUGCUCUCCCUUGGCUGGUCAGUAGAUGUUGGCAGACACCCUGGUUGGACUGGGCACGUUUCCACCAGUUGGUCUAUUAACAGUUGUGAUGAUGGUGAGGGAUCUGAACAAGAUGAAGUGAUUUCCUCUGAAGAUGUUGGGGCUAACAUUUUCAAUGGACAGAAGAAGGUGUUGUAUUAUGCUGAUGCCCUUACAGAAAUAGCUUUUGUGGUUCCUUCUCCUGUGGAGUCCUUAACUGAUUCAUUGGAAAGUAACAUCUCAGACCAAGAUAGUGAUUCAAAUAUGGAUCUUAUGCCAGGAAUUCUGAAACAGCCAUCCCUGACGCUCGAGCUUUUCCCCAAUCAUACAGACAAUCUUAAUUCCUCACAGAGGCUCAGUCCCAGUUCCAGAAUGAAGAAGCUGCCUCAGGGUCGCCCUGUGCCUCCCCUUGGACCUGAGACAAGGGUUUCCGUAGUCUGGGUGGAACGCUAUGAUGAUAUAGAAAAUUUUCCCCUCUCAGAUCUGAUGGCAGAGAUCAGUACUGGUGUAGAAACUACUGCAAAUAGUAGCAGUUCUUUGAGAUCUACGACUCUUGAAAAAGAAGUUCCUGUUAUCUUCAUCCAUCCUUUAAAAACUGGAUUAUUCCGGAUAAAAAUUCAAGGAGCCAUGGGAAAAUUUAACAUGGUCAUUCCUCUUGUGGAUGGGAUGAUAGUCAGCAGGCGAGCACUUGGCUUCCUGGUGAGGCAGACUGUAAUUAACAUUUGUAGAAGAAAGAGACUGGAGAGUGACUCCUAUAGUCCACCACAUGUCCGCCGGAAACAGAAAAUCACCGACAUUGUCAACAAGUACCGGAACAAGCAGUUGGAGCCCGAGUUUUAUACUUCACUUUUCCAGGAGGUUGGACUCAAGAACUGCAGUUCUUAGACCACUGUCUGUCUAGGACUACUGAACUCCAGUUUGGGGCUAUAAUAUCAAAGGAAAACAGUUCAAUAGGUGAUCACUGUAAAAAUAAAAAUAAAUCACUCUCUGAGUCCUUACUGUUUAAUCACCAGAAUAGAAGAAACACAUUAUAAACCCAUUUGAUAGAAGACUUUUGACUUUCUAGUGAAAUGGGCUCCCAGACACAAUCAUAUUCCUGCUGGUAAUGAUGGUAUACAUUUUAGCCAUAAACUUUCUUUUAAAAGUGACAAUUUUAGUUAAAGAUAUAAGCCUUUUGAGUAGAAAGGCUUUUAUGCAUCUCAGUUCUGCAUUGGUAGCAUAAACAAAUUUGCUAAUUAGAAGUUGAAGAUAGCUUUAUACCUCACUUUUUAGGAGGUUGUAUUCAAAAUUAAAAUCUGUCUCAGACCGUUUCAGGACAUUUAAAGACUCGUGUUGAUGGCAUGGAGGAGAAGGAAAGAAGUCUACACCUCCUGCUCACUUGUAGGUCCAUUUGUUAUCCAACUGUCAAACUGACGAAAAGACAAGAACAUAAAUGUUUUUUGCUCAGAUAAGAAGUCUGACGUUAAAAUAUUUAAUAUUUUCUCUCCACAUUUCAAGAAAGUUGUCAUUCUCAUCACUGUGCAGUCUAAAGGCUUCGUUUUGGGGGCAGCCCAGGAACAGGUCUAAAAUGGAGGCAUGGCCUUCUCCUUUAAUGGGGAUGCAAAUGAAGUUUGUGGGGUUACAAGUUAUAAGACCACACUGACGCCUCCACUCUCUCCAUUAUUGUUCAUUUUGCUAACAUCAUGACAGGUUAAACAUUUGUGAUUCCUUAAUUAAAUAUCAAGAAAUGUAAAUUCAUAGUAAGGGUUGAAAGUUAUUUGGUUUCAUCCAUUGUCUCUUAGUUCAGGAUGAAGCCGUAAAUCGCAAUAGUUUAUGAAGGAUUUUAAUUUGGGAUUCAGGAAGUAGCCUCUCAGUGCUACUAAUUCAUAUCUCUCCCAGAGAGCUAUUGGAUUUUAUCACAAUUGACAAACAUUAUUGUAUGUUUGUGUGACAAAUGUAAUUGAAAAACACCUCCUUGGGUGGCUGCUGUUGCAUGUUUUCUGGACUUCGCCAGCUGAAGGCACAUCAAAUCCCUUUCAGGGUUUUGGGAAUACUUCUGUUACCUCGCUGCUACUUUUCUGCCAGGGAUAAAAAUUUGAGGUGGCCAGACACAAAACAUCCUUACAAGGAUUCCUGUUAUAGUGCUACAGUAUACACUGCUCAUUUCUCCUAUUUUUAUGUGUUUUCUUCUUUGGUAAGAUUAUUUUAUGUUAAGAAAAUAAGUGAUAUUGAAGUCCAAAGAGGAGUGAUCACAGUUGUAUAAGGGGUGUUUUCCCACUUGAACUCUCAUGUCAGUAGAUUCUGUAGCAGGGCUACAUUGGUCUGUUUGGUCUGAUGUUUUGAUAGUCUACUUAGGGGGUCGGGAUAGUAUAGGACCUAAUUCCCUGUGCAGAUAUCUUUAUUUCAGAAGUAUGUAUUUUGCCAUCUAUGAGCAAGAAAUGUGGGCACAGCAGCUCUUGGUUUUAAGUUUGCCAUACCCUUUUCUUCAUGUUUGUUUUAAGCUCAGGUAAAGACAACCUCCUCCAUCUAUGACUCCAGUUUCUAUUCAGGGUAUAUUAUUAUUAUGAUUAAUUUCUUUUAAAGCUGGGCAAUAAGUUUAUGUUUCCAGAUGGUAGCAUGGGAUAGGGGAUAUAUGAUAAAGAUAACAAGUUCUACCCUGAAAAUGACUUAGUAGCUCAGCAGAAAUAAGGUGAAGUUUAACAAUUUUCAAGGAAAUUCCAGAUUGACAUUUCAAAGGGAAAACGGGCCAUUGUUUUAGUUGAAGUGAACAAGGAAGGCUAUAAAUUGACAUGCAACUUAUAACAUUCCAAAGGUUAAAAAUGACUGAUGUAGAUGUACCUCCUCAUUGUGAUUCUUCAGACAGACUUUUAUCUUUAGCAUAGUUUUAAUGUCAGAAAAAUGUAUGGUGUGUGUGAGUAUUUGGGUGGGCUUGCAGAUCCUUCAGUUCUGAUUUCUGGCAACUCUAUUUAAUUCUGGUGAUUUUGAUAAGUUAACAACCAUGUUGAAUGCAGUUUGUGAUCUGGGAGAAUUCAUGGUCUUCCAGGGAACGAGGGAUGUGCUGCCCCUAUAAGCAUGAAACCCCCAUUGUGUACAGAGCCAACAGAAUAUGGGAUGUGCAUCCCUUGCCAGGUGCUGGUUCCUUCUGCUCAAAAUAACAUCUACCCAAAAGGGAGUGUAGUAAAAACCCUUGGGCCUUUCACUAGUGUGGAUUUGAGUUCAUGGUCACCCAACUACCUGGUUAAAUAUCACUUUGAAUAGGAUAAUGCUGGAGGAACAUAUUUAGUACUUAAUAACAAUUUUUAGUAGUCCACUUGAUUAAUUUUCCAGCAUAUGUUCAUAAUCUUGGGGGGGGGGGGCGCCACGCAGGACCACUUUGAUCUGUGGCUUAAACAGUUCUGUUGCUGUAUGUGCCAGGUGCGCCAGGGAGUGGAUGAGUGUGGUGGUCUGUGAAUAGGAAAGGGUUACCCAAGAGACGGAGGCAGCUUGCCCCUUAAGUUGGGGGGUGGUUUCCUCCUCUUCCUCCUCCUCUAGGGUUGGGAGCACUGAAGAUAGGAAGGGGGCUCUUACCUUUUUAACGCUUUCCUUGUUUAGCCACCUCUCCCUUUUCUCCAGGGCUUCUUCCUAAGACCCUCCUGUCCAUUGACCCUCUGAAAGGAAUAAUUACAUGGUGAGUUAACACACACACACACGCAUACACUCACAGGCACAUACACGCAGUCACGUGUGCAAGCAUGCAAGCAUUUUCCUCCAUUUCCAGGUUCUGUAUUUCAGGGUAGCCGAUUCUCCUCUGUACUUGUCUAUAAAUAAAAAAUACCUACACCUUUGGGCAGUAAUGUCAGUUGCCUACAGCUUGUGUGUGUGAGGCCUUCAUGAACAGUUAGCUUUCUACAUAUGCUGGGGAAGCAUUUGUCAGGCUCUGCAGACUGAUUUCUAGAGAGGCAGUCUUUGUUUCUAUCAGAGUAUUUAUUUCUAUUGGAAGGUGGAACUUUACGCAAAAUGGGAGUCAACUUUGCCCAAAGACAUGUUUUGUGGUAUACGGUAAAAAUGUAUCAGAGGUAAUUUGACACUCCUUCUGGCAGCAGUUCUCCAUUCAACAUUUGAAAACCCAUUUAUGUUAUAGCUUCCUAAAAAGAAUUGAUUUAUAUGUUUACAUGAAAUGAUCAUUGGAAUUAGAUGGUCUGUUUUAAAGAUUUCCAUGACAGCCUCUUUUCCUGAGAUGAAGAGAUUGGAGGUGAUCGAUCUGUACAAUGUGGAAUCAACUAUCAGUUUCCAAUAGCUAAAGAAGCCAUGUACUGUAUAGUGUUUUUCUCAGAAUAUCAACCUAUGUUCUUCAGAUGCUUUUCUUUUUUUAAUGGUGAGGGAAAAGGUAUAAUUUGGGAUUCCACAGUGCCUUGCAUAUAGUAGGCGCCCAAUAAAUACUUGUUGAAGCAAACCAAGUUCCCCAAGUCCUCAUCUCUUGCAGUGACCAAGACAUCUUCCUCCUCUGAAGGGCUUGGCAGUUGUGGCUGAAAAACAGCAGUAUCAUUAUUUGCUUGAAAUCAUAUAUACAGUUUGUAUGAAUUUCAGUAUGUUGCCAAGACAUCUUUUUCUUAUUGUAUUUUCUGUAAAUAUUUCUGGCACUGAACUGUAAAGUAAAGGCGAAAUGUAAAUAUGAAGGUGUCCCUGUGUCCCCUCGCCUCCUGUGUUUUAUCUUCUUCGGUUAGGGAAGAAGGCCCAGAGGUUUGUUUGUAUUUAUGCUGAUCCUUUGUCCAGAAGAAGCCCAUGGAAUAUUGAAUGUAAUACAUUUAGUCUAUUAAAUUUUAAGGAGAUUCUUAUGUAAUAA